UUCAGCGCUUCCUUCUGCGAAGGAGGGAGGGACGUCGAAAGAAGACUCCACCGCCAUGGAGGAAGGAAGGAGGUGGGAGGACAUGCAGGUGGACUGUUUGGUCAACAUCUUCCGGCGGCUCGGCCUCGACGACCUCACAGUCUCGGUGCCCUUCGUCUGCACGUGCUGGUGGCGCGCCUCCCUCGACCCGGUCUGCUGGCGAGUCCUCAACCUACGGUCGCUGGACUUCAGGACCUGGAGCCAGUUCAGCCGGAGCUUCGGCUCCCGCUACCGUCUCAAGACUCUCUCCUUCUCCGCGUUCUUGAGGUUGGUCGUCCACCGCAGCCAUGGCUCCGCUUCCGAGCUCAUCUUUCCCUUGUCCUCCGGCGCGUCGGUGCACGACUUGGCCUACGUCUCCAUCAACAGUUGUCCCAGGUUGAGGACUCUUGCUUUGCCCGAUAAGCUGAUGCUGGAAGACGACCUCCGCAUUCCGGAACUCAUUGGAAGGUGGAAGGAUCUGGAGCAGCUGGAGCUGGAGACGAAGCCCACUUCGUUCCUGGAAACGGUGGCAGCGAUCGGGCACAACUGCACGCGGUUCGCCCGGCUGAAGGUGCGGGGGUUGAUCGGCAAGGAAGACGCGAGCGUCAUCGCGAUGUGUCUGCCGGAGCUGAAGCAGCUGGAGCUGAGCGGGUCGUACCUGACCAAGGACGAGCUUGCGGUGAUCGUGAGCGGCUGCCGGAAGCUGGAGAGGCUGACCGCCACGGACUGCCUGGGCUUCCAAGCCGACGAGGAGCUGUUGAGGUUGGCCUCCGGCAUCCACAGCUUCGAGCACGAGGGUUCGAAGCUGCUGAGCGACAAUGGCUACGAGACGGACGAAUCGGAGCAGCAGUCUGGAUUUUUCUACUGGUGACUGAGACUGCCACGCUUUCUCCUCGAAACCAUAUGAACAAACCCUCGCCUGCAUCAACCUUAAUGGAAUUAUAGUCUCCAUUGUUGAUCUCUUUGAGUUAGUAAGAUCAUGAAUUUAUCUAUGUGUUAAUUUGACAGAGUUCAGAAUC